UCCUUGCCGCAGCUCGGUGACAGAUUGAGCGCUGAUCCGUGGUAAAUUCCGGUUGAUCGAGAGGUUGCACGGAGACUCCCGCCGCUCCUGGCCAUGGGGGGCAAGCUGGUCGCGAUCGCCUUGAGCAGCGCGCUGCUCGCCCACUACAUCUACACCCCUCUCCCGGAGGCACUGGGCGAGAGGUGGAAGUUGAUGCUGGUCGAUGCUUGCUUCCGAAGUUUGGGACACCUGGCUGAGUUGAGUGAACUCAUUGGAUUCAAACAUUACAUGGAGAUGAUGAUGGUCCUCACCACAGUGGAGUUAGUGGGUCCUUCAUCUGAUGAUAAUGUCACUGUGAUGGACACCACCUUCAACCAGGUUCCAGUUCGUGUCUACAAUCCGAACAAUCUUCUCCCGAAACUGAGACGAGCAGUCAUUUACAUGCAUGGGGGCGGAUGGUGUUUAGGGAGUGCAAAAAUGAAACCGUAUGAUCUCCUGUCGAGAAAAAGUGCAACUGAACUGAAUGCUGUCAUCAUUUCCAUUGAAUAUCGAUUAGCACCAGAGCAUCACUUCCCUGAUCAGUUCAAUGACGUUUACACUGUGGUGAAGUACUUCCUACAGCGAGAUGUCUUGGCACAAUACUCAGUGGAUCCAGCUCGAGUAGCGGUGUCAGGAGACAGUGCUGGCGGGAAUUUGGCUGCUGCAGUAGCCCAGCAGAUUCGGGAGGACCGAGAAGUUCAAGUUGAGAUCAAAGUUCAGGCGUUAAUCUACCCUGCACUUCAGACCAUUGACUUUAACACUCCUUCCUACCAGCAAAACGAGAACAUGCCAAUUCUGCCCAAGACCUUAAUGGUCAGGUUUUGGAGUGAAUAUUUUAGCUGCGACAAGUCGCUGCUGAACAAGAUGAUGGCCAACAGCCAUGCCACCCAGGAAUCGAAGGACCUGAGCAUCUUUGCAAACUGGAGCGUCCUCCUGCCGAUGGAGUUCAGGAAGCACUAUUCAUACGUCCCACCGGGCAGCGAGAGCGCAGAGCUAUCCGGGAGGGUUCCUGGGGUGUUUGACCCAAGGGCUGCUCCCCUGCUGGUGGGGGAUGAGAAACUCCGGGCUCUGCCGCGGACCUACAUUGUAACCUGUGAGUAUGACGUACUGCGGGAUGAUGGGGUCAUGUACGCCACAAGAUUGAAGGUGGCAGGGGUCCAGGUCACACACGAACAUUACGAGGACUCCUUUCACGGUGCCAUGAUGUUCAACACGUGGCCAACCGAUUUUGCAAUUGGCCAGAAAAUUAUAAGCCAUUACAUUGAGUGGCUGCGAACGAAUUUGUAAAUAAAUUGCCACCCCAAUCAACCCUCCCAAUCCCCCAAACACACACCCUCAGCAUCCUGCAAAAAUCCCCGCAGUGCCUCUUCCGUACCUGCAAAUUCUUGGCAAAUGUUUCUAUGUUUUUGCUGCCCACACCCAUUCCCUAUCUGUAUUUAGUGUUAAACAUUAUGGAAAUGCACUUGGUCAGGGCCCGUUAUGACUUUCAAUGGCAGACCUAAAGGAACAUAGGAGAUUGUCAUUCGCUUAUACCUGGGCAUGGAGACCUGGUCUAUGGGUGUGACCAUUCAGCCCAUCCAAUACCAAGAUCAGGGGAAAACGGUGGAUACCACUCAAUUGGACCUCACUGCUUUGCAUGUUAACUGCCCCAACCUCCUGCCCUAAUGUGGUUCAUCCUUCAAGGUGAAGCCUUCCUCGUCCAUCAUCUGGCCUGUCUAGCUGAGUUGCGGUGGUUACUGAGGUGAUGUCUGAGGCCGUUACGCGCUCAAAAGAUUCUCCUUCCAGCAAGGUGUGGAACCACAGAAGAUUGAGUUUCGGGCCAGUUGCUUGCUUGUGAUCCUCUCCUUGUGCUCUCUGGCUCUGAUUUGGACUUGUUUGUGAAGGAAACUGUGAGGCAUUUGUAGAUUUUGAGUGAGGUUUUCCGGAGACUUGAAGUCCAUAUCAGUCAAAUUCCUCAGUGAAGUGUUUAGAAUGACCUUGUAAUGUUUCCCCAUUAGAACACAUCCUAGCUGUCCAGGUUAAUUUGCUUUGUUAAGUGUAUAACUAUUUACAAGACCACUCCUGAACUGGACUUAAUUUAUUCUUUAAUACUCGUUGACAGGAUGAAAGUGAUGCUGGGGCUUGGCUAGCAUUUAUUGCCCAGAGGGCAGUUAAUAUUCAACACAUUGCUGUGAGUCUGCAGCCACCUGUAGGUCAGACCAGGUAAGGAUGGCAAUUUCCUCCCGAGAGCAUGUUGUAUCAAACUCUGUUUGAAAUGCUCUGCUCAGCCCGAGCCUGAUAAGCUUUUUGUGUGAGAGAGUUGUAGAUUUCCAUGACUGUUUUGUGUGAAGAGGUGCAUCUUGCCCUCUGGCCACGAAUUGUUAGGUUCUGCCCAUCUUCUACACUUACCCACUUGUGGAAAUGGUUUCUCUAUUAAAUCCUAUAAUUACCUUUAAUGAAUUAGAUCUUUUAAACACAACGGUCAGAAUCCCAAUCUAUCUGCCUCAGUUUCAUAAUUUAACCCCUGAAGUGCCUAGUGGUAUUCUGCUGUAUUUUCUGCAAAUCGAAUAUAUGUACUUAAGGAGACAGUCCCCAGAAUUGGUGUCUGUAUCUUGAACAGAUCUACUUGCAGAUCAAUAAAGCUGUGAAAUGAUUUUGUUAUUUUUUGUUAUGAAUAUUUCUGGGUGUUUUCCUGCUAAAACCAUAUGGUCUGAUCCCUAAAACCAGUCAAAUCAGAAAUCAGUCUUUGUACAUGCCUAUCCUCAAACCAACAAUUAAUGCUCCAUUCUGUUGUAUAUUGUCUGUUCUGGCUCUGGUUAUGCAUGUAAAACAAUAGGACAAUAAUCAAGUGCCAUGUUAUGUAUUUACCCUGUCCUGUUUACACACUGACUGCAUAACACAAAGGAAAAUGUUAUAUCUUGUUCUUUGUA